UGCAUUGGCAUUCUGUCAUAUUUAAUGCCAUUGUAGCCACAGAAGGAAAAGCAAAUUGCAUUCAAACAAAAGAUAUUCCCAUUUUAGAAAAUUGAUUUGCCAACAAGUUCAAGGCGACAAAAAUGCCUAUGAUGGAGGAUAGCGGCAUCGAUAGUGAGGACAAGCAAUCGAAUACCUGUGAAGGAUCUCCAGCGCAAGUGGCACAAAAAAUGACAGCACCAGCAACAACAACGACGAUUGAAGCAUGCGAUACGUCAGCGGUUAGCCAUAUGGCUGAUUUGGAUGUAGUCUUCCGCGGCGGCGGCGGCGGCGGCGGUGGCCAAGUGUUGACAGCGUCAACGUCAGCGACAAGGACAACCGUCACCAAUGCAACAGCAUCAGCUGGCGAUAGCGAUGAUAGUACAGCGAAUAGCGCACAGCCAGCAUCAAACACCUGUCGCAUCCUGCAGCGCAAGCUGGAGCUGAAAGUGGAGCGAGCGAAGCGCAACUACAGCCAAUACCAGCAGCAGGAACAGGUACGCAAAUCACAAUCUGCGAAUCUCAUACCAAUUAAUCGGUUGCCCAUACCAGGCGAUUCGGAGCAGAAACCACUUGUAGAUUAUAAGUCCGAUAGCAGCGAGGAGCCAGAGGAAAUUUCUUUUUUUCCUGCCAAAGUGAAAAAUGCGCAUCGGCAGCGCAAAACGGAACUCAGCGACACAUUUAGUAUACAAGAAAUGACUAUAGAAUCCGAUUUGGAUUCCGAUGAUAGCGGAUCACAAAAUCUUGAGCUGUUGCCACCGCUGCGCAAGUCGAAUUUUCUGGAGAAAGUUAAAAUCUGUUUCGGUUGCAGUAAUCGAAGAAGUUAACUGUGGAAACUUUAAGUAGGCGACAAAAUAGUACUCAAAAUAAUGCAAUAAAUACUGUUGUAGCCAAAAUGUACACAACUACCACAAAAGAAAAUAUACAAGC